CAUUUUUGUUUGCUUCUGGUUCCGCUUUUGCUUCGACUGGAUAAAGUACUUGAUGAAUUCCGUGCCAGCCUGGCCUGUAUGUAGUAAGUCCGAAUGUAACCGCAUUGUCACUCUUUGAUAGGUAUCUCUGCGGUUCUCACUCGCUGCACAUGGCACAUUCCGCGCGUAAGGUAUCAUAUCUGGGCCGACGCGGUCACGGCUGACGAGUCACGACUGACGGAGGGGUACCGACCCGUGCCAAGCCCCCAAUUGCCGUUUUUGUUGAGAGAUUGCAACGUGCAAUCUAUCUAUUUCUUUGACAUCUUUCCGUCAGGUUCAGGCUACUUACGCUGCGGAUUGAGAAACUCCCAAUUCAUAUUUCGAGAUACUUAUUUGCCAACGACGAAAACGAAAACGACGAAAACGAUAACAGCAACAACAGCAGCAAUGGCAAUGAUCUCGCUCAACAUCAAGCCUAGAGGCCGGCCGCUCAAGAAUCUUCCGGAGACGCUGGACUUCGAUCUGUCCACAGCGAGCACGACGGCGCUGUACGAGCAGAUCGCGAAGCACACGCGGCUGAACCAGAACCGUCUGCGGAUCACCAAGGGCAGUGAUGGACGGCCCGUUUCGCUCAAGCGGGACGACGGAAAGCUCGUGACCAUCGAGGAAACGGGACUCCGCAAUGGCAGUCAGAUCUUUGUUAAGGAUCUCGGCCCCCAGAUCGCCUGGCGCACCGUCUUCAUCGUCGAGUACCUCGGCCCGCUGCUGAUCCAUCCGCUGUUCCUCUACCUCCGCCCGCUCAUCUACUCCGCGUCGGCGUACAACCCGCUUAGCUACCUCCCGUUCAACGCGUCCUCUUCCACGGCGCUCAUCCCCGCGCCGACGACCACGCAGCUGGUGCUGUGCACCCUCUGCACGCUGCACUUCCUGAAGCGUGAGUACGAGACCGUGUGCGUGCACCGCUUCAGCGCUGCGACGAUGCCGGCGACGAACAUCUUCAAGAACUCCGCGCACUACUGGGUGCUGUCGGGUCUGAACCUGGCGUACUACCUCUACGCGCCCGGUUCCAUCGCCGCAUCGUGGUGGCCCGCCGCGCUCAACGCCGACCUCAACCCCACCGUUCGCUACGCUGCAAUCGCACUCUGGGCUUGGGCCGAGAUCUCGAACUACGCUACCCACAUCACCCUCCGUAACCUCCGCCCAGAGGAUGGCUCAACUAAGCGACAGAUCCCGAAGGGCUACGGAUUCGAUCUCGUUACUUGCCCGAAUUAUCUUUUCGAGUCACUGGCGUGGCUCGCGAUAGUCGUCCUCGGAGGCGGCAAUAUGAGCACGCUCAUUUUCUUUGCUGUGUCGACGGGUCAGAUGUUGCUGUGGGCCAAGAAGAAGGAGAGUAGGUACAGGAAGGAGUUUGGAAGUGCCUACAGGAAGAAGGCGUCGAUGAUUCCCGGGAUCUGGUAGAUAGCUUGGUAGCAUUCGGGGUACUGAAUUGAGGUGGAGUCUGCUGAGAAAAGGUUCGGUGAAUGAAAUACCUGGGUUCGCACAUGUGUGCCGUUUGUUUGAUAAUACUACCUGUUGGUUCGUGA